UAUUCGCUGAGAGUCGGACGUGAAAGCUCAAAUUAAAUACGUUACCUUAGGUCGAACUGGAAAUUCCCGAGAAUUGAGUAUUAGCCAAAGUCUGAGUCAUAUUUUUGGCAAUGAAUGUUGUGCUUAUUGUGACGCUGAUCGUUUUCGCGACAGUCGUGCAAGUUAUUACGCACAGUGGUGAGAAUUCAGACAGUGGUGAACGAUUCGAUAAAUGCCCAGAUGAGCGAAUGAUAUGUCGGUUGGGAGAUCGUAGUUACACUCCAGUGAACUGUUUACCUAAGCAAAAAACAGUAGACAUACCAGGCUUUGUGUACUGCAAUCAUACGCACUGUGAGCCGGAAGUGUUCGAGCAUGAUUACAUUGUGCGCAAUCAUGACCAAACGCCGCACACCAACAAAUGGAAGCGCACCAGAGUCGGUGAAGCGGCUACGUUGCACGAUGUUUGCCUACUCCGCAAUGGUCUUCCAGUCACCCGCAAGUGCCAACUAAAGGCUAUGCGUGCCCAGUGGGAACCCAUUGAUCAGUGGUCGAAGGUUGUGUGCAUGCGAACCUUUCGACAGCAUUCGAUCAGUGUGGAACUGAACAAUCUGCACGAUGACAUCUUGGAGGGCAGGCGACUCACCAACAGCACGCAGGGACGUCGCAGCACAACAGCCAUGAUGAGGAGCAUGUUCCACCAGCGUCAGCGAACUGUGUUGCCAGCGGAUAUUCAUGUAACGGAUCAAGUCUUUGGGGUGCUCAUGGAUCAGCCAAAAGAUGGAGCUUUGGGUGCGGAUUUGAUUAGCAUUUGUCACGAAAUUAUGUCCACAGAUGCAAAUGUGCUGCAGCUAUCCGCCACACUGAAUGCGACCAAUAGUCUGCUCAAUAAAUUUGAGAACUAUAUGGAUGCACUGCCUCACUUUGUGCGCUGUGGCCAAACAAUGGUACAGCCAGCCAGUGAAGAAGGUGAAUCAGUCGAUGCAGAUGUUGAAACGGUUAAAUUUCUAAAUUUUGGAGUGCAGGCUUUGAUAAGCAGCAAUCUGAGUGUGUUUUAUUUGGAUCCCUCAUGUCGCAACAUCACGGGCCUGGCGAUUUAUUCCGCUGCAAGUGCAGACCGGCAGCAUUCCAACAGUGGUUUUUGGUAUCGAUUUCUGUAUGGCAACGAGAGCGUGAAUAAACUCAAGCAGGAAUCAAAUCUGGAGGCUGCAACGUUUGUGCCACAGCAGCUGUGGGACAACAUCAAGACAGCAUCAGGUGUCUCAAUAAUGAUUCUUAAAAUAUACGCACACGAUGCGCUCUUUGUGGAGACUUCAGAGCAACGCAGUCGGCGACCACGCAGCAAAGUGUUAUCCAUAUCGAUUCCCGGACUGGCGGAUGGGAAACUGCCUCAAGCACUGCCAUUGCUGCUGCGUAACGAGAAUCAACGACAUCCGGAUGCGAGGGCCAGCGAGACGGGCAGCGGCUGUGGCUAUUGGAACUAUCAGACGUGGCUGACUGACGGGAUUACGACUGAUGCUGACACAACGGAUAUUCUUCGAGAUCCAAUUAUCGUUUGCCAGACGAGACAUCUCACACAGUUCUCAUUUCUGGUGGGCGGCAGUUAUCGCAUCAAUGACUUGGGCGACGAAGUGCUGGUCAGCCCCAUAAAUGAGCGGGUGCUCGACAUAAUAUCCAUUGUGGGCUGCGCACUCUCCCUCUUCGGUGUGCUGGGCAUCUUUGUGACUGCCGCGCUGUUCAAGAGCUGGCGCAGUCAAGCCUCCACCAAGGUGCUUUUGCAUCUCUGCCUGGCCAUGACACUGCAAAUGGUGCUCUUUGUGUUCAUCAAUACGGACGAUUUGUCGGAGCAAUUAGUUGUGCAUGGCGAUACCGUUCGCUGCAUCCUGCUGGGUGCCACACUUCAGUAUUCAAUUUUGGUGCUCUUCUGUUGGAUGCUCAUCAUUGCGUUUUUGCAAUUCCAACGCUAUGUCACAGUGAUUGGCAUCGAACGGCCAAAGCAUUACAUACUCAAAGCCGCCCUAGUUGCCUGGCUAUUGCCAUUGUUGCCCACACUGCUGGUGGCCUGUAUCGAUCCCAACAGUUAUGUGCCGACCAAGGAACAGCUCGACACUGACACGGGCAUAUGUUAUCCCUCGGGCUAUGGCCUCACUUUCGGUGUUGUGCUGCCCAUCACACUCAUUGUCGUUGCGAAUCUUGUCAUCUUUGUCUAUGUCUUCUACAGUAUUUCGCAUUCACUCAGCCAGAGUAUUCAUCGCUCUGAACGUAAGAUGGUCUACAAACAAAUUCGUCUCUCGAUAUUGCUCUUCUUCCUUUUGGGUCUCACAUGGAUCUUUGGCAUAUUUGCCUUUAUGCAGGCUGGCGUCGCAUUCUCAUAUCUUUUCUGCCUGACCGCCACCAUGCAAGGCUUUGUUCUCUUCAUUUACUUUGUGCUGCUCGAUGAGUUCAAUCGAAAGGCCUGGCUGGGACUGUUGUGUCCAACCAGAAGGAAAAUGAAUGUACAAAAGCGCACAACAGAACUGCAGUCGAUGACGACUACAUCAUCCAACUUUUCAGGCAGAUCGGUGCAUUAACAACAUGCUCCAAUUGUUUAGAUUAUCGAACAAAUUAUCGCUUGUCAAUUAUUUAUA